AUGCAGCCUCCAUUUCCCUCGCCCACAGCAACCUGGCAGAACGAGUCUCACACCGCCAUCGACCCAUCAGAUCCCAAUCUCAGCCAAAUAGGAAAAACAGUCAUUAUAACCGGAGCCGGUAGCGGCAUCGGUCGCGCAACCGCUCUUGCUUUUGCGAAAGCAGGUGCAGCAUGCCUGAUCCUAAUCGGACGUACUGAGUCGACUCUUCAUGAAACCGAGAGGCUAUUCGGUGACAGCAAGUCAGACUGCAUGGUCUUCCCCGUUUCAGCAACCGACGAGACUGCGAUGCAGAAUGUUGCUAGACAGGUCAGCGCAUGGGAUGUCCUUGAACUUGCCGCAGUGCACAUCUCUUCGCCGUCCUCGAUUGUCAAAAGUACGCUGCAAGACUGGUGGGCAGACUAUGAAACGAAUGUGAAGGCGAUAGUCAUCGCUUCACAGGCUUUCAUUCCGAAUGCGAAGUCUGAUCCAGCGGCUUUGCCGCCAGCGGAUAUACCUGGGUUGUCGGGCUACCUUACUUCGAAGGUCGCGUAA